GAGGAACGGGGAAGCAAGGCCGCUCAGGAGCCGGAGAUUCAUUCGUGCCCCACGACCCCAUCGUGCCGCACAUCAACUUCUCAUGGCGUUCAUAGUUCUCCUCGAGCCUGCGGAGAUUAUCCUGGAUUUGGCUCAACUGUUUUCGCCUAAACCUAUAAAAUGUCUGCCUGCUACUAUGGCUUUACCUCAUUCCCUUGUAUAAGCUCCAUCAUGGUUAAUUCCCGCUCCAUCAUGUUUGCGCUACUCAGCUUCCUCGCUGGCGCCAAUGCGUGUAUACAGUGCCCAGCCACACUGAAGGACGACAAUGGUAAUGUCCUCACACUAAGCAAUACCUUCCCACACGGUCAUAGCACAAGUUGCAAUUACGGCGACCAGGUGUUCUGUCAGUAUAAUGACGUAAGUACUUUCUGGAUAUUGUGCAGCUCAUUGUUCUCGGUUGACGUGCCGGUGAUCGUAUCAGGGUACCGGCAAGUGGGAAGGAGGGUAUACAUAUUGUCCGGAUACACUACGGGUGAAGAAACAAUGCUGAACGUGAUGUGAAGAGGUAGGAGAGACGAGAUGCCUAACAGAAGAGCAAUGUUUGUCUACACAGUCGGGUGUAUGUCAGUAGAUCACGAUCUGCCGCGAGAAUUGUAUAUCAUGGCACUUUGACUUUAACUGCCACU